AUGCCUCUCAAUGAGCGACGGGAAACAGGCGAAGUUCAUUGCGACGAACGCGAAGAGUCUGAUUACGAUCUUUCGUUAUUCCGAAGCAACGAUGUCAGCAUCGGAAUAGACGCGAGUCGUGUUGGGAAUGAGGCAAGAUUCGUGAAUGAUUACCGUGGCGUACCAGCUCAGGAACGGGCCAACGCCGCAUUCGUGGAGGAUAGAGUUGGCCAGUUGAGGAUAAGAAUAGAGAGCACGAGAAUGAUCAAGAAAGGUGCCGCGGUCCACGGUGACUUGAUCUCAGACGAUGUUGACUACGUCACAGGCGAGGAGAUCCUGGUGUCGUAUGGCAAGACAUGGUGGAAAGCGCGCACAGGCACUUAG